AUGGAGCACGGUGGUAAUAAGGUUGCGAUGUUCCUGGCGUGGGAGGAUCUAACGGUGGUGAUUCCAAACUUCGGCCAAGGACCGACAAAGAGAUUAUUGAAUGGAGUGAAUGGUUGUGGUGAGCCAAAUAGAAUCUUAGCCAUCAUGGGUCCUUCUGGUUCUGGCAAAUCUACACUUCUUGAUGCCUUAGCAGGAAGAUUAGCAGGGAAUGUAGUGAUGAGUGGCAAAGUUCUUGUCAAUGGCAAGAAGAGAAGGCUUAACUUUGGUACUUCUGCCUAUGUGACACAAGAAGAUGUAUUGCUAGGAACUUUGACAGUGAGAGAAUCAAUAGCUUACUCAGCUCACCUCAGGCUCCCAUCAAAGCUUAGCAGGAAAGAGAUCAGUGACAUCGUGGAAGCUACAAUCACUGACAUGGGUCUACAAGAAUGUUCAGACAGGACAAUAGGAAACUGGCACAUGCGUGGAAUAAGCGGAGGAGAGAAGAAACGGCUUAGUAUUGCCCUCGAGGUCUUAACCAAACCGAGUCUCCUCUUCCUAGACGAGCCCACAAGUGGACUAGACAGUGCCUCAGCUUUCUUCGUGGUUCAGAUUCUCAGAAACAUCGCUAGCAAUGGCAAAACAGUGAUUUCUUCAAUUCAUCAGCCGAGUGGUGAGGUCUUUGCACUCUUUGAUGACUUGCUACUUCUCUCUGGAGGAGAAACUGUUUACUUUGGAGAAGCAAAGUUUGCAACAAAGUUCUUUGGUGAAGCCGGCUUUCCUUGUCCUAGCAGACGGAACCCAUCUGACCACUUCCUUCGCUGUGUCAACUCAGACUUCGAUGUUAUCACAGCAACUUUGGACUCUUCUUUCUCUCUUCACCAACUACAUGAAACGUCAAACACGUUAGACCCCAUGGAUAAUACACCAACAGCAGAAAUUAGAACAACGCUUGUAAGAAAAUUCAAGUGUUCAGAAUACGCAGUAGCUUCACGGGCAAGAAUUCAAGAAAUAGCAUCAAUCAAGGGACUUGUCACUGAAAGGAACAAUGGGAGUCAAAGAAGCUGGUGGAAACAACUAAGGGUGCUUACUCAACGAUCUCUCAUCAACAUGAGUAGAGACUUAGGUUACUAUUGGAUAAGGAUUGGAGUCUACAUACUAUUAUCCAUCUGCGUUGGAUCAGUCUUCUUCAACGUCGGGAGAAGCCACACAAAUGUGAUGACCACUGCAGCUUGUGGAGGAUUCAUGGCAGGUUUCAUGACUAUUAUGUCAAUAGGAGGUUUCCAAUCUUUCAUUGAAGAGAUGAAGGUGUUUUCUAGGGAAAGGCUAAAUGGACACUAUGGGGUUGCAGUAUACACUCUGUCUAAUUUCUUCUCCUCGUUGCCUUUCAUAAUCCUCAUGUGCCUUGCAACCACAUCAAUCACUAACUACAUGGUGAAGUUCCAACCCGCAGCUUCUCAUUUCUUCUAUAGCUGUCUCGACCUCAUCAGUGCCAUUGCAACCGUGGAGAGUUGCAUGAUGAUGAUAGCUUCUAUGGUUCCUAACUUCUUGAUGGGAGUCAUAAUAGGAGCUGGUUACAUUGGAGUUAUGGUGUUGAGUGCUGGAUUUUUCAGACUGUUCCCUGACUUACCUAUGGUGUUCUGGAGAUACCCAGUGUCUUACCUAAACUAUGGUGCAUGGGCACUACAGGGAGCAUUCAAGAAUGAGAUGAUAGGAGUUGAGUAUGAAUAUCCAUUACCUUUGGUACCAAAAAUGAAAGGAGAGCUUAUUCUUGAAACAGUUCUUGGCAUAAAUCCAGCACAGUCCAAGUGGUUGGAUCUAGUUGUUGUGAUGAUGAUUCUCAUUGCGUAUAGGCUUCUCUUCUUUGCCAUCCUCAAGUUUCGCGAAAAGGUUUUCCCAUUGAUUCACAUGUUGUACACGAAGAGAACUCUGAGCCAUAUCCAGAAAAGGCCUUCUUUCAGGAGAAUGUCACCUUUCCCUUCCAAGCGACACAAUGUUCACCAUGCCCUCUCUUCUCAAGAAGGACUCAACUCCCCACUGCAUUAAAAGCUCUACGAUGCCUGGAAGAUAUUACUCGCUUCUAACCUUUUGCUAGAGUUUCAUAUAUUUCACUAUGCUAUACUACUACUCUCUUCAAACUUGUUAAAACUAUUUGUAGCAUGUUGCGUGAGGAUAAAGAGAGAGCUA